AUGGCUGCUUCUUCCCGUGGUGGAGGGUCUGGUUCAGGCACUGGAGGGCUAGGGAUUGAUCUGAAUGUUGAUCAAAUGGAGGAGGACGAAGGAGGGAGUGCAUCUGGUGUUACUCCAAAGUUUGAUUUUAACAGGUCACCACCCAAGAAGACGGAAACGAGGGUGAUAAAGGGGUAUGCAACUAUUAAGGUCCGAAGAGGAUACGAUGAUGUUGUUUGCUUGAUCUGUUUUGACUUUACAACAGAGAGAUUUGGGCCGCGCCUGCCUCUACCUUUUAACACUUGUUAUAGUGAUCAUAUCGUUACUCUCUCUAGUGCUGGGGAAGAUCAGUUAGCGGUCUUGUUGCAGGACGGUUUGACAGCGAGGACGGAGAUUUGGGUGAUGAGUAAGAUUGAGCCUACAGAGGUCUCGUGGAACCGACAUUCUGACAAACGAUGGGAGUCUUUAGCGGUUGAUAUUAGACAACUCAUUGGUACCGACAUUCAGACAAACGAGGGGAGUUUCUUCAUUGACGUGAAGAAGAAUGUUGCAGUUGUUUUGGAUAGAGGUGCGUCUUCUUGCGCCCGCUGCAUUGCUUACGUCAUUGUGAACGAAGGAUACUUCGACAAAGUGGAUCUCGGCGAAUCUGCAGACCCGAAUUGUUGCCACCCCCUCGUCUGUUCUUAUGUCCCGAGCACAGUGCAAAUCAGGAAGCUCUAA